CGUUAACUGGCAUAAAAUUCCGACUUACGUCUGAUAGUAUCUAAAGGCAGGUACUAUUCGCGCGCCAAGUUCUUGGUCUUUUUUUAUUCAUUUAUACUUCAGUUGACAGAAAGUACUGUAGUGAUGGUGCUAAAGAGGCCCUUUCAGUUUGAUGGCGGGGAAGAUGGGUUUGGGAUGGGAGGCCCGGGAGCUCAAGAAUCAAAGAGAUUUAGGAACGCUGUUAGAGAUGUGAUGGGAAGGCUUUCUGUGAAUGAUUUUGUGUCUAAAAUGGAACCAUUACUUCGAACUGUGGUCCGAGAUGAGGUGGAAAGGACGGUUCUAAGAGUUCUUCAAUCAUCCUCAAGACCCUCAUUUAAUCAGAACAAGACAUCAGGAGGCCUGAUGUUGCACUUUGUUAACAAAUUGCCCUCCACCAUCUUCACUGGCGGUAGGUUAGAAGCUGAGGACGGCUACCCAAUCAGAGUUGUGUUGAUGGAUGCUAAUACGAGGACCGUUGUCUCAUCUGGUCCUCUAGCUUCCCUGAAAAUCGAGAUAGUUCCCCUUGAUGCUGAUUUUGGUUUCGAUGAUCAAGAAGAUUGGAGUAGGGGUGAAUUUGCAGCCAACGUGAUUCGUGAAAGAGAAGGUCGAAGGCCAUUGGUGACAGGAGAGCUCACUGUUACAUUACGAGAUGGUGUUGGCCAACUAGGUGAUAUAGUUUUCACUGAUAAUAGUAGUUGGCAGAGAAGUAGAAAGUUCAGGUUGGGUGCUAGACCUGUACAAAAGGUUUCUGAUGAAAUGAGGAUUAGGGAAGGAAGAAGCCAAGCCUUUGUGGUUAAGGAUCACCGCGGAGAGUUGUAUAAGAAACAUCACCCUCCACACUUGCAUGAUGAAAUAUGGCGACUGGAAAGGAUUGCAAAAGACGGUGCAUUCCAUAAGCGGUUGGCAUUUCAUGGAGUUGUGUCUGUGCAGGAAUUUUUGCAAUUGUAUAUGACCGAUCCAGCGAAGCUGCGCGCUGUUCUUGGAUGUGGCAUCUCAAACAGGAUAUGGGAUACAAUUAUAGAGCAUGCUACCACCUGUGUUCUAGAUAAUAGCAAGUUCUAUAGUUACUUCGAUGCUGGACAAAGCAUCGGUCUGCUCUUUGAUUCCAUCUACAAAGUUGUAGGAGUUAUGUUUGAUGGCCAAAGCUAUGAGUCUCUGCAUAAUCUCUCCCCUCCUCAAAAAGCCUUGGUUGAAAACAUCAAGCGGCAAGCUUAUAAGAACGUGAACAACUUCAUCCAGGUUGAUGCUCGUGCUAUUUUUGGCCCCUCGAGGUCCUUGACACCCCUGCAGGCUGAGCCAUUUAAUGGUUCAAAUCUAGCACUGCAGCAACUUGAAUUCCCAGUCACACGCCAAGAAAUGCAAAUGGAUUUCAAUAAUUCAUCCAGUUCAACAUCUUAUGGAUACGACACAGAAAGUAGCAGUCCGUUGGAAGUUUCUGGAGCUCAGACUAGUCAUCAAGAAGCAUUCCCUCAAAUGUUUCGGAACAGCUUCAAAUUUACAGAUUUUUUCCCCCUUCCCUACACUGAGGAAAACAGUUGGUCACCAAAAGGUUGGCCAGUUGUGACAACCGAGGAAUUAAGCCCUGAGGACAUUUCUUGUGUCCAAACAUCAACCUGGUCUCCUGGUAAUUCAACAUGGGGAACAGGCAGUGCCUUUAUCUUCACUGCAGGUGAUGAAGGGGAUGCGGGCUUUUUUUCUUCUCAUCCCAGUUUCGGUAUACACAUGUCCCGGAUUCGACCACCGAAAGCAAGGUGGUGCAAGCUCCGCGCUGCCCUCAAAAUGGGGUCAUUUAUGCGAGAUCUCGCAGCUAAAAGAAUGCUACAAGGCCUCUGUUUGUAAGCUUCUCAACAUUUAGGAUCAGAUAAGCUCUCCUAGAUGCAUAUGAGAAAUGGUUAAUUAGAUGUCAUGUUCUCUUGCAAUCUUUUCCUUCCCUCCAUGUAUCAAAUGCAACAAAAGGUCCUCACUCCUUUAGCCUGUUAGCUUAGGGCGAUAGCUUCCAAGUUGCCCUUCUUGUAAAAAAUGUUACAAAUGGCCUUCUGUGUGUUGGCUACUUUGUUUAGCUUUUGUUAGCUCAUGAUGAUUCCUAUAGUCAUUUCUUCACCUUCUUGUAACAAUUUACCACAAAUGGGUUCUUGUACAGAAUGUUCAGAAUGAUCAAAUAUGGUGAAUCCUUUUCUCUCAAAA